GCGAUACUCUCAUGACAAUUGAUAAGUCAGACUUGUCGUUUGAAAAAUCGAAAUUUGUUAUAUGCGACAAAAUAGAGAAACCUUGCUCCGCGAUUUAUACAACGAAGACUUUGACAGACUCGGAGAGCGACGGAUGGUCAUCGAAAUCGAUUUGCAGCAGUCGAAAUACAGAUGUAUGUGUUUCAUCCGACGCUUGGUCAGUAGAGCCUAAUUUAAAUUAUCGUAUUAACGAUAGCGAACAUUGUACAUUGCCUAUAAAAACUCGUGAAAGUAUAUGUAAAUAUCGUAAAAGAGAUCAAGGACUAAUUGAUAGGUCUAAUCUGCGAUGCAGUUGUAAGAGCAGAAGACCUUACUCUAAGACAGUAAACAAAGAAUCAUGGAUGACUUGUAAUUGUAUAAGAGAGGAAGAAGAAGACGUAUGCGUCGAUGUGAAGACUAUCGAAAAGUUUGAAAAGCCGACUGUAAAAGAGAAAGAAACAACAACUAUUUGUCAUAAACCUUCAGAAGAUUUAAAAGAAACGACGACGUUUGUACCAUGCCCAAAAUAUUCUGUGGAUUUACAGGAACGUAUAGACAAAUUAAAGGAAGAGCCUGCUGAAGAUGUGGAGGUCAUGGAAAAAGAAAAGGAUACGAAAGAGUUGCCCGAGGAAGAAAAGUUACCUACUGAACCAGAAAAAAGCAAGGAAUCGGAAGAAACUCCACCCGACAUGCCAAAGUUUGUCCCAUCAAGAACGAUAAGACCUGAAGUAAUUGUACUUAAACAGUUGUUGAAACAACCUAUACAACCGAAACCUGUAGGAAUUAUUGAUAUUUUGCCAAUUCCUAUUAUGAAAACAGAUAUUUUGGAACAAUCGACGAAAGGUACGGUUGAUUCAAAACCAGAAACCCAUGUACCGCCGACUAUUUCCAAAAAAUACAAGUUGCGUAAGGAAUAUAGCAAAAUUGAACCAAAGCAACCAGCAAUUGAAGAGAAACGAAAGUUGUCUCAGAAAAAAGAUGAAGAAAUAUUGAAAGAGGAAUCAGCGGAAAAAAAGUUGGAAGACGAAACGUUAGAAGAGAAAGGCAAAGGCAAAGCUAAAGAUAUGAGAAAAGCUGAAAAGAGAACAUUAGAAGAAAAAGACGACAGCAAAAUUAAAGAUACGAAGACAUCGGAAGAGAGGGAGUUAAAGAAAGAAGACGAUAACAAAAUUAUAGAUACGAAAAAACCAGAGGAGAGAGGAUUAAAGAAAGAAGAUGACAGAAAAAUUAAAGAUAUGAAAAAAGCAGAGGGGAGGGAAUUAAAGAAAGAAGACGAUAGAAAAAUUGAAGAUACGAAAAAAGCAGAGGAGAGAGAGUUAAAGAAAGAAGACGACAGCAAAAUUAAAGAUACGAAAAGAACAGAAGAGAGAGAGUUAAAGAAAGAAGACGACAGCAAAAUUAAAGAUAAGAAAAAAGCAGAGGAGAGAGAGUUAAAGAAAGAAGACGACAGCAAAAUUAAAAAUACGAAAAGAGCAGAGGAGAGAGAGUUAGAGAAAGAAGGCGACAGCGAAAGUAAAGACACGAAAAUCAUCCAACAAAUAUUGGGACCAUCGCUUCUUUUCAAAGGCUUAAAAAUGAUUACAGGUAGAACAGAACAUCCAGAACCAAAGCCUGAAGAAUUUGUAGAACCUGCAUCGCCUGAUGUUAUUAUCGAUAAAACUGUUAAAAUUCCUGAAACAGAAACUAGCGAAUUUCCAGAGAAAUCUAAAAACGAUACAAAAGGGGAGGAAAAAUCUAUUCCCUCUAAAUUGUUCACAUAUAUACCGAAAAAAAUACCUAUACCGACAAAAAUACCUAUACCGACAAAAAUACCUAUACCAACAAAAAUACCUAUACCGACAAAAAUACCUAUACCGAUGAAAAUACCUAUGCUGAAGAAAAUACUUAUACCGAAGAAAAAUGAUAAACCUGAAUCGAGUGCAGAUAAUUCAAAAAAGCAAUCUGUAAACGAGGAAAAUAGAAAUAACAAUAAAAAUCCGAAUAUAGCUAAUUCAAGGAAACCGCCUGUAUACGAAGAAAAUAAAAAGAACAAUAAAAGCAAUCCUGUUUCUAAUCCUUCGCAAUCCACCAAAGGAGAAAUAAAAAAUAAUACAGAACAUAAAAUAAAUUCUAAUGUCAGCAAAAAAAGUCCAAAUAAAUCAAAUUUAUUAAUUGUUACUAAUAGCAAAAAUCCGCCUGUUUCGCCAAUUCAAAAUGUCGGUAUUGAAUUAGGAAACCAAGGAAAUCCUAAAAACGAUAAAAAAAUAUCUGAAACUCAAAAUGUGCCUAAAAAUCGCGAAAUUCAUGAAUCGUUGACGAAGCCACAGCUUGAGAAGGGAAUCGACGUUGAAGAAGAAAAAGGACUUGAACCGCAGAUUACUAAAACUCAAGAAGACAAGUCAGGUGAAAAAAUGAAUGUUAUUGUGCAUUCUGAAAAAGAAUCUAUCGCGGUAUCUACGCAACCUGACAAAUUCGACUCUCGUAUGAUAUGUACAAACACAAACCCAAGUUACACAAAGCAUACGGGUGUUACCGAUUAUAUUGCAACCGAAAAAAACACAUGCAAUUGUUAUUAUUUACCGAUGCGUCAAUACAAUAACGAACCUGUGAAUUAUCCUAAAAGUUGCUUAAAAAAGGAAAGAUCGUGUUAUCAUACUAUUUCUCAAGAAAGUAAUCGUGCGAUUCCAUACCGCGAUAAAAAAACCUGGGAGGAGUGUAGUUGUAGAAGAAUAAUUCCUUGCAACAAUUUUUGUAGAUCACGGAACGAAUGCAGUUGUAGAUUGAUGGUAAACUGCGUAAACUGUUACAAACCUCAAAAUAAAUGCAAUUGUAAAUUAAUUUACGAACGGAAGAGCAGUAGUGGGUACAUGAAAUCGAUGUUUUGUCUUUAUUGCGAUAAACCUCGCGACAAAUGCACGUGUAUGGCGAUAGCACGAAAAUGUUCGUACUGUGAACUGCCCAUAGAUAUGUGCACGUGUAAGGAGCAGAAAACAAUUUGCGAUGGAAGACCGGUCCUGACCGAGUCUAAUAACGAUCGCACUAUGUACGUCACUGCGUGGAAGCCUAGAGAAGAAGUACGACGUUACUUUUCUAGGAAUUUAACCGAUCUUAAAACCGAUUCCAUCAAUGAAUGCUGUUGCUGCGAGAAACUUAAGCAGCAUAACUCCGAUGACCUUCCUUAUCAACGAUUGAGCGUUUUUUCUGACGUGAUGGAUGAAUUGCAGCAAAAAAUAAUCGAAUCUACGUGUUGUGCGCGAUGUCAAAAAGUUCCUUGCUGUUGUAAUGUUAAUAUAGAGAGGAAUGAGAGAAGAGAAGAUAGGAAGAUAAAGUAUUGUAUCAGCCCUAAAACACGACGGAAGAUUAUCGCCGUAUGUAUGGAAAAAGCGAAAAAUAAAUCAUUGAAUAAUUGCAAAUAUGAGUCUAAUCACGCAAAGAGCGACAAACAGAAAAAAGUAUUAGUAGCCCUUUGUUGUGUUUGCAAAGCAACACCCUGUAGAUGCAAGAGAUCUAAAUCCAGUCAGAAAAAGCUGAAAGCGAAAUGUUAUUAUUGUAAAAAUUCACCGUGCAUCUGCAUUGCGGCCAGAGAGCGCAACAAGUCGAGGCCAUGCAGGUGCACUGAUUCACCUUGCCGUACGAAAGAGAAGGAAAGCACAUCGUAUGGAAAAACAUCUACGAAACCGAAGAACAAUGACGAAAAGACAAUUUGCGUGCACUAAUGUGACACCUGUCGUUACUUGACUUACAAUUUGGAAUACAAAGUCAAUUGGAGCAAACUACCACUCAGGAUUUUUAAACAAAAGCCAACAAACGAUUUACAUUUUUCGAAAUUUUCGAAAAUAAACCCCUUCUUCAUAAUCUUCGAUAAUAUCUUUAUACAUAACAAAAUUUAUUUGAAUUACAUUGUUAAGAGCGUUCUACGAACAACGGUUCAAACGAUUCUACUGCAUUCGCAAUUUUUCAUUUUUCACAAUCAAAGACAGCAUUUUUAUUUAGCUGAUAAUCGAACGUAUCUUCCUGCCACUUCUCUUUCUACAGAAUUUUUAUGAAAAUUUUCUAGCGUCAUUUCCUUUUUUUUUCUUUUUCAAAAUUGAUCAAAGUAUAUAAUAGUGUCGAGGAUUUAACUGUAAAAUUUCAAGUAUGUUUACACUAAAAUAUGAUUCAGUUUGUUGCAUUUUACUAAAUCAUUCCCUCUUAUGUGUAUAUAUAUAUAUAUAUAUAUCCAUAAUCAUAAAAAAAAACAAGGUAACUCUGUUUUAGUUACGAAAGAACAUUUGACAUAUUGCAAAACGCUCUGAUUACGCAGCAAUAGUUCACAUAUUAACGGAACGAAUAUUUCAUUUUGUAAAUUUUAACGGAUAUAACGAUAUAACAACAUAGUUGCCUUUUUAUGUAACAUAUGUAAAAUAAAAAUUAAAAUCAGAGAUAUUAAAUAUUAAUAAAUAUUUGCGUAUGUCACAGACGCGUUAAGGCAAAAAUGAAUGAACGUAUUAAAUAUUCGUGAUGUAAUUUAAAUAUAAAAUAAAUUUGAAUCGAUUAAGCUUCCUUUCUAAUCUUGCAUCUUUCUACAAAAAAAAAAUUGUAUACAAUGUUAAUCGUAAAAUAUAAUACAGCUAAAAAUGUUCACAACAGUA